AUGGGUUCCGAGGGAUUUCUUGGACUUGGUUUAAAUGAAGAAGAUGAGAAACUGCUAAAGCAGUUAUUGGAGUGUGAUUGCGGAAUGAAAACUAUACUAGCCUUUGUUAGUUCAAGAUUGUUUAGGCCACUGACUUCUUGGGAAGUCAAGAUACUUCGCAAUCAAGUUUUCCCUGGUUCCAAGAAACUUUCAGACGUACUAGAUGAAAUACGUAAAGAUUCUAUUGUGUUCGUGGAGCAGUGUGACGGUGAGAUUACUCAAGUCUCUUUGUCACACUAUGAACAGAUCGAAUUAUAUAAGAGGUUCCCAGAAGUUCUUAGUUUCAGUGUCACCUACAACGCUUGUCUCGUUGGAUUUACUAUUUUCCAGGUAGCUGUAACAGAUGGUCUUCUAUGUACAAGACCCAUCAUGUUUUCAUUACAUUCCACAGAACAAACAGAAGAUCUGUGCGUUUUGCUAAAGCAUUUCCGUGAAAUUUUUAAGGAUGUUAGCUCAACCCUAACAGUAGCUGUAGAUUGCCCAGUUUCUAAACCGGAGUUGGUGCAGGAAUUUUUUCCAACUUCAAGAAUUGUUUUGAGUUCGUCAUACGUUAGAAAGGUCUUUAAGAGAAAGUUUAAAAGUCCCGUUGCAAAUAAAAUUUUUGCUGGGUUGACAUCUACGUUAUGUCCAAACAAAUUUAAAUCUGAUCUACAAAAUAUGAAGAAGUUAGAUUCGAAGGUUUAUGAUUAUGUCAUUCAACAUUGGAUCCCUAUAAAAGAAAUGUGGGUGCCAGCGUUCUUACAAAAUGUUGUUACAUUAGGUACGAAAGUCAAUGGUGUAGUAAAAUGCGUUCAUCCGCGUAUACGAGAAGCACUUAAAGAAAAUAACUCUCUGAAAGAUUGCUUGAUGGCUUUACAUAAGGAAGUUAAAAAAUACUGUAACCUCUUAGAAAAUGAGACUUCUUUUCGCCUUCUCAAACACAAAAGGUUCAAUGUAGACGAAGAGUUACAUGAAUUUCUCAAUCAACUCACAGAUUAUGCUUCUGAUAAAACCUACAACGACAUCGUACGCGAAAGUGACAUCACCAUUGAACAAGUUGAGAACGAUUGCGUAUAUUGUUCAGAUGAUGGGAAUUCUUACAGAGUGGAUAGAAAUAAUGGCGUGUGUUCUUGUUCACUAAAUUCAGUUGAGUUGCUACCAUGCAGACAUCUCAUGAAAGUCCACUUUUCUAUUGGUUUGCAUACAGGUACACCUUGUAGAUACCCGCGGUGGCUUAGAUCUCAUAAUCUUCAACCACUAUCAACUGGUCUGACGAGGGAUAAGCGAAUUGACGUCAAUAGUGCUAUGGCAAUGGUCUUUAGAAAAUUAAAGAUGUUACAAGACCAGUGUUCACCGACUGUCGUUUUCGAAACUGUCAAUCGAAUAAAUGCCAUCAUUGAGAAAUCGACCACGGAAAAUUUACGUAUAUCUCCCACCUUAUCAGAUUCCUUUUAAAUUAAAUACUAUCUAUUUGUAACAUUUGGACGGCGCUUGAGUCAGUCAUUUGACCGAGUAAUAUUCAUUUCUCGUUCAUCUAAAAAUAUAUUUUUUUGCUGUAUAAAUGAUAACUGCC